AUGGGUGAUUCCAGUUCAAAUACCGGUCCUUAUGUUCCUGAGCCUACUAGUCCCUUAUUUCUCCUUCCUUCCGAUGUCCCAGAUGUAUCUCUUGUCACGGUGCCCUUCUCUGGGACAGGUUUUGGGGGUUGGAAACGUAAUAUGAUAGUCUCUCUGUCUGCUAAAAACAAAAUAGGCUUUAUAGAUGGUUCAUGCACUAAACCUGCUGAGACUUCUCCCGAAUAUUGGCAAUGGGAUAGGUGCAACAACAUGGUUAUAUCAUGGUUAACCAAUUCCCUAUCCCCGGACAUUGCUGAAAGCGUGCAAUAUUCAGAGACAGCUGAGAGUAUUUGGAAACAACUAAAUAACAGGUAUGGGACUGUUAGUGGAACUAAAGUCUUUGAGAUUAAAAGAGAACUUUCCUCCACUUAUCAAGGAUCCCUAGAUGUUGCUUCUUACAUUAGUAAACUCAAGAAACUUUGGGAUGAACUAGAGAUUAUGCGCAGUAGUCAUGCUAAUGUUUGUGCUUGUGCUGCUAAGGAAGGUCUUCAGAAAGAAAAGGAAGAAGAUAAAGUUCACCAAUUCUAA